AUGGCUAACGAUUCGACGACGGAUGACGAAAGUAAAGGAUACGAUGAAGAUAAACAAGCACUAAAUAAUAAGCUAAGAGUAGGCGAAGGCACCCAAAUUCCAUCGAGGAUUGAGAACAGUGGAGCUAAUAUCGGUAUGUUUAACCCAGCACGGCGUUCGACACCUCGACAAGCAGCACUGGUGGACGACGAUGAAAAUAACCUCUCACGUAGUCAAAUAGCUGCACGCCAAGCAGUAUCACGCGAACUUCCAACGUUCACUGACAUUCCUGAGGAGUGGCCAUUAUUCUACUCGACAUUCAUCACCACGACCAAUAUGUGUGGGUACACAUCGGAAGAGAAUCUCGUUCGCCUACAGAAAUGCCUGAAGGGGAAAGCGUAUGAGGCAAUCAAAUGCAGAUUAAUGCAUCCUUCAAACGUCCCCGGAAUCAUCUCUACUUUGAAGAUGCUGUACGGUAACCCCGAUGUAAUUGUACACAAUUUAAUUGCGAAAAUAAAGUCCACUCCCCCACCGAGACCCGAUAGAUUAGACACACUUAUCGAGUUUUCUCUAGCUGUCCAGAAUCUAUGCGCCACAAUAGAAGCCUGCCAGUUGGACGAAUACUCUCACAACGUUGUACUUCUUCGUGAACUCGUUGAAAAGCUACCAUCUUCGGUAAAAGUCGAUUGGGCAAAGUAUCGGCGAACGCUUUCACACGUCAACCUCACCAUGUUUUCGGCAUGGUUGUACGAGCUUGCGGAGACUGUUUGUCCUAUUGUUUCGCUGUCAAGUAUUGAGUCGAAAGUAAGUCGGGGCAAAAGGGAUUCCGCUUACCUCAACGCACAUAUGGAAGACAUGCAUGAUUAUCAGAACAGGUCAGAUCAAGCCGUCAAGUUCGCACCACGAAACUCGACAUCGAAGGCCUGUGUGCUGUGCAAAGGCAGCUGUACUAGCAUUGAUAAGUGCACUCGGUUUGCUGAAUUCAGUUACAACUCGCGAUGGGCAACUGUAAAAGAGUUUGGGUUGUGUAGAAAAUGCCUAAAAAACACAAGGCAUCAUGCAAAUCUCAACAAGUUUGUGGAAAAAACGGAUGCCAAUUCAAACACCACCAAUUACUCCACAAUAACCAACGAGAUAGCGCUACGUCGACCAGCGCGCCACCACGUCAGGCCCCAACAGCGGCAGUUACUCUACAGAAACAAGAUGCUGUUUCGUGUCGUUCCGGUCAUUCUGUACGGAAUCCACAAAGCCGUGAAAACCUUUGCAUUUCUGGACGACGGAUCGUCGCUUACGCUGAUAGAUGCCGCACUUGCAGCCGAGUUAAACCUAAAUGGAAUAGCAGAGCCUUUAUGCCUUCGCUGGACAAGCACUCAAAGUCGCUCCGAGAACGAUUCGGUACGAUUGAGCAUUGAAAUAUCGGGUACAGGGGAGAACCACAAGAAGUACCGCCUCCAAGAGGUACACACAGUCUCCAAUCUCGACCUGUUUCAUCAGUCCAUCAAUAUGAAGGAGUUAGCAAAGCAGCAUCCUUACCUGAGAGGCAUUCCAGUUGAAUCCUAUCAGGAUGCCCAACCACGUAUUCUUAUCGGUAUGGACAACGCAAACUUGACACUUCCAUUGAAAGGAAAGGAAGGAGGGUGGUGUCAACCCAUCGUCACAAAAACCCGGUUGGGAUGGAUCAUACACGGUGGAACUGAAUCACAGGAAGAACUUGUAGGCUAUCAUAGUCCCCAAAGGUGUCUCUGUAGCGGAAUAAAUGAUACUGUACUGCAGCAGACGGUGAACGAGUAUUUCUCACUUGAAAACAAAGAUCCUGAGUUAGCAGCAAUACUCCGAACGAAAAUCGAAGAGUACCUGGAAAAGGGUUAUGCCCGCAAGCUGAUGGAGGCCGAAUUAGCAGAAACGCGGCAUCGGAUAUGGUAUCUCCCGAUCUUUCCAGUCUUCAAUCCGAACAAGCCGGGGAAAGUGCGCAUCGUUUGGGAUGCAGCAGCUAAAACCAAUGGUGUGUCAUUAAAUUCGAUGAUGUUAACUGGAUCUGAUCAACUAACAUCCCUCUUAUCGGUACUCAUCCAGUUUCGAGAAAAUCGGGUAGCGAUUUGCGGUGAUUUAAGAGAGAUGUUCCACCAGGUUAAGAUUUCGGAAGAGGAUCAAAACUGCUUACGAUUUCUUUGGAGAGAACACCCGUCGGAUGCAGAACCCAGUACCUACGUAAUGCAGGUGAUGACGUUCGGGGCUUGUUGUUCUCCAAGUUGCGCCCAAUACAUCAAAAACUUGAACGCUGAGAAGCAUGGAGGGCAGUACCCGAAGGCAGCUAAUGCAAUCGUCAAGAACCACUAUGUGGACGAUAUGCUAACGAGUACGGAGACAGAGGAAGAGGCGAUCCAGUUAGCUCGUGAAGUACGACACGUCCACGCUCAGGCCGGAUUCGAGAUACGUAACUGGAUUUCGAACUCACCAGUGGUUCUCAACGCUUUGCAAAAGGAACGGAUCGAUGAGAAGAGCCUGAAUCUAGCUACGGAGAAGGUUCUUGGCUUGUGUUGGUGUACCGCAACGGAUACGUUCACGUUCAAACUUUCACCAAAGCACGAUGAGGAUCUAUUAUCGGGAAAACGUCGACCUACCAAGAGAGAAGUGUUGCGGAGCUUGAUGACCAUCUUCGACCCUCUGGGAUUACUGUCGCACUUGUUAAUCUUCCUUAAAAUUCUACUGCAGGAGAUAUGGCGCUCAGGAGUUGGCUGGGACGACGAAAUUCCUGAUGCUCUUAAUGAGAAAUGGGAAAAAUGGUUAAAGGUUCUUCCAUCGGUAUGGGAUCGCUACCUAUCGUCAUUCCUGCUCAACGUUCUAUUCACCUCAUCAAAGAAAGCGACGCUGCGCUGGUUACCAUUGACAGAUAGAAGAUUCGUAAUGGAAAAAGUUACAGAAUAA